GUCUUAGAAGAAGAAACAAGGUGGUGGUGAGGACUCGCCGCGACUUCAUGUUUUCGUCCCUCACUAACGGGGAUCCACAGACGUGUCGGCCGAGGUUCCUGUCUCUGUGAAACGGCGGAGGAGUCUCAGUGGGCUAGUUGACUCGGUCUCUUGCUGCUCAGCGGACACCCUGCCGUCCAUCCAAUGUGCGUAAAGGGGCUCUACUUCUUCACGGUCCUGUUUGGACUCGCAGCUUCAGGGGUGCUGCGGGUCAGCGGGAUGCGUAUAUACACAUCUGGGAACAUGGAAGCGGUGAACGGGACAGAUGCCCGUCUCAAGUGCACAUUUCAGAGUUCGUCUCCGAUCAACCCCAAUUCCGUCACCAUCUCCUGGACCUUCAGACCCCUCGGACAAGGCAAAGAGGAGUCGGUGUUCCACUACCAGCAGCGUCCGUAUCCCCCUUUGGAGGGCAUCUUCAGGAAGCGCAUCGUUUGGGACGGCGACGUCAUGGGCCGCGAUGCCUCCAUCAUUAUUCGCGAGGUCAAAUUCACCUACAACGGCACAUACGUCUGCCAGGUCAAGAACCCGCCCGAUGUCCAUGGCACAGUUGGAGAAAUUCGACUCCGUGUCGUCGCCACAGCCUCUUUCUCCGAACUUCUCCUUCUGGCGUUGGCCAUCGGUGGCGGUGUCGCCGCUGUGGUCAUACUCCUCAUCAUCAUCAUGUCCUGCCGGAAGUGCAGGAAGAGGAGACAGAGACAGCUAGAAGGGAACGAAGAGGCUCCCCGCAAAGAGAGAAAAGACCCCACUGCGUGCCACCCAUCGAGGGCCGUCCACCUCUACAUGUCAGAGACGUCCAUAGAGAUUGACAGUUCGGACGGCAUGAUCUCAGAAGCCAGCACCAAAGACCCCAGCUCAUCAGAGGACGAGGGCCCGAGCUCAGAUGACGACGACGAUGGUGGCAACUCCGACUGAGGCGGUGAGGGGUGGGGGCAGAAUGGAGAAACGGAAACGCUGACGUCAAGUCGGCCCGGGAAGCUUGGUGGAGGGAUGCCCAGAUGGAACCCAUGGAUCCCGCUAUUUGGCCGAGUGCUGCUGAGUGGAGAUGAAGAGAGGGCUGCUGCUGUGACUGAAACAAGCACAUUGUUAAAGAAUGUGAAGAAAUCUGAAAGUUUGAAACUUUCCAGAAAAGCACAAAGAGAUCAGAGCGAUGCCUUUUGACGAAGAGCAAGGCUUUGGAAUCGGACCAGAAGUACAAUUACUUCUGGGAGAGAAGUGAAGACACACACAUGUGAGGGAAGCUGCAGAGCUUAUGACAGGAGAAGCUGGUUGGGCCACUUUCCUUAAGGAUAAAAAGGGCGUCAAUAACUGUCUACUGGGUUACACAUGGACCUUGUUAAGUGUAAGAUGUCAAUAGCGAAAUCAGUGACAAGCAAUUGAUUGUAUUGAAGACAUUAGCAUGUAGGUAGGCAGAAGGAGGAAGAUGUUUGUUGCUGAGUCACACACAGGUCUCUACAUUUGUUCGGGUGCCUACAGCUUCUGCCGACAACUUUCUUGCAGACGUAAUGGACAAUAUCUUGCGGAGGCCGUGGGAUCGUCUUUCAUGCAGUAAACGUCGAUACAAAUAACGUAGGUCUUGCAUUUCAGUCAGUUAUACACGCCACCGAGAAACCUGCCAGUGCUUAGAAGCGUCCGAUUAGUGCCAUGAAAAAGCGCGAUAUGUGAUGUUGCCGUCAGUAAAUGUGAAAGCCAAACACUCGAGCAAGCGUGCGCACCUGCCACAUAUGUUGGAGCACACAGUCAGAUCUGAAAACCCUUUGAUUGCGUAAUGUCCUUGAUGUCCACCACGCGCCUGUGAAUGCACCACGUCUACUAACAAACAGCUGCCAUGCUUGUCUUUCUUCCUUGCACGGCCGAAUUUUUAUUCGUGCUUUAAUACCGAGCAAUAUGUCUAUAGAUUUCCCCCCCCCCCGUUUGUUUUUAGAUGAUGCCAGAACUAUUUUACCGUGUUGUUUGAAAUUGUCACCGUAUAUAUAUUUGUAAUAGAGCUUUUAUAAAAGUAAAAGUUUUUCUAAUAAAAAUGGCCUUGAA